CAUCCCUCUCUCGUCCUGCCUCCGCGGUGAUCACAGCCUCUCCCUAUGGCCCCUAAAAAGCCCGAGCCCAAGAAGGACGACGCCAAGGCUGCGCCCAAAGCCGCUGCAGCCCCCGCGCCCGCGCCCGCGCCCGCACCUGAGCCCGAGCGGCCCAAGGAGGCGGAGUUUGAUGCCUCGAAGAUUAAGAUCGAAUUCACACCGGAGCAGAUCGAAGAGUUCAAAGAGGCUUUCCUGCUGUUUGACCGUACCCCCAAGGGUGAGAUGAAGAUCACCUACGGACAAUGUGGGGACGUUCUACGAGCCCUGGGCCAGAACCCCACACAGGCAGAGGUGCUCCGCGUCCUGGGGAAGCCUAAACAGGAAGAGCUCAAUACCAAGAUGAUGGACUUUGACACGUUCCUGCCCAUGCUCCAGCACAUUUCCAAGAAUAAGGACACGGGCACCUAUGAGGACUUCGUGGAGGGACUGCGGGUCUUUGACAAGGAGGGCAAUGGCACAGUCAUGGGCGCAGAGCUCCGCCAUGUGCUGGCGACCCUGGGUGAGAGGUUGACAGAAGAUGAGGUGGAGAAAUUGAUGGCUGGGCAAGAGGACUCCAAUGGUUGCAUCAACUAUGAAGCAUUUGUGAAGCACAUCAUGGCCAGCUGAGCCCCCCCACAGGAAGCCCAGGGUGGACGAAGCUGGGGACAUCUCAUCUUCCAUCCGCGAUGCUCACAGCAGUCUGGAGCUACAGGACAGAGGGAAAUGGACCAGAAUCCUGAACACACCUCCUGAGACCUCUGUGUGGUGUGUGGUUGACCUUUCUGGCCCAAGUCUGUGCUUCCCUGUGACUGUCUUUCUGUCUCUACCCUAUGGGCCUUAUAAAUAAAUGAUUUUUUCCUUUU